UGAUGUUUUCAGUGUGUCUGUUUUAAAGUGACAGAAGCGUUUUUUAUAUUUGAACAUUAGACAUUUUAUCCAGGAUGCUAAUGCUAAUGCGGCUUCCGUGUUUAUGUGUGUGAUAAAGAAGGAAAGAAAGAAAGAAAGAAAGACAACGCAGAUGAUCUGACUUUGUAACGAGAUAGAGAGAUUAUAUAAUAAAUAAGAAGAUAAGGCGGUGAUGUGAUGGCAGCUGCCAGUGUGAGUCGACCCGGCGGUUUGCCGAACACAGAGAAAUCACAGCUCACCUUAAAAGUGGUAUCAGCGAGGCCUCAGUCUCCGAAGCUCCCGGCUCGUCUGGCGCGCGGCAGCUCGUUCGUGGAGGUGACGGCUGACGGUCUGAGCACCGAGACCAAGAAAACCUGCAAACGCAGCGGAAACGACCUGCAGUGGAACGAAGACCUCACACUUAACGUGACUCCUCUGAGCCGGCUGGAUCUGAAGUUGUGGAAUUGUCACACUCUGAGGAAGGAGCUCCUGGGCAGCGCCACCAUCGACCUGCUCGACACGCUGCGCACUCACCACGGGAAAAUGGAGAACGUGGAGCUCAGUCUGGAGUUACAGAUGGAGAAUAAAGGCUCGGUUGUGUCGGGUGGAGAGCUGAACGUCUGUUUGGACGGCUUGGUUGUUGAUCUGGGAUCACUGCCCAAUCACGGUGCAGAAACCGACAAGAUGCUGCAGACGGAGUGUACCAACCUUCUCAGGACCCAGGGCUCAGAGACGGCCGGCUCGACCAGCAGCCCUCGCAGAAAUCCGAGAGCAGCAGGUGUAGAUUCUCCUGGAGCUUCAAGAGGAACAGUGCUCACUAAUGGAGACACGAACACGGACUCAACACACCAUAACACAGAUAAAGGUAAUCCUACAGCAGAAGAAAAUGGGCGUGACCAGGACACACCUCCAUCACCAUCACUCAGACCAGAUGCCCCUCCCAUUGACACCUCUGCCCCGCCUCCCUCAGCGGAUUCAGCUCCGCCCACAGAGGAUCAACACUCACAGCCAUCUGUGGAGGAUUUACCUGCAGGCUGGGAGCAGAGAGUGUUGCCUCAUGGCCGAGUGUACUACGUGGACCACAACACCAAGACCACCACGUGGGAGAGACCCCUCCCUCAGGGGUGGGAGAAGCGCGUGGAUCAGCGUGGAAGGUUUUACUACGUGGACCACAACACGCGGACGACGACGUGGCAGCGGCCCACAGCCGAGUCGGUCAGGAACUUCGAGCAGUGGCAGAGUCAGCGCAGUCAACUACAGGGGGCCAUGCACCUGUUCAACCAGAGAUACCUGUACCAGUCGUCCGGAGCUCCGGUUGAGAAUGAUCCUCUGGGUGCUCUUCCUCCAGGAUGGGAAAAGCGUCAGGACAAUGGCAGAGUUUAUUUUGUCAAUCACAACACUCGCACCACACAGUGGGAGGAUCCUCGAACCCAAGGGAUGAUCCACGAGCCCCCGCUGCCCCCUGGCUGGGAGAUGAAGUACACUGCUGAGGGUGUGAGAUACUUUGUGGAUCAUAAUUCUCGCACCACUACCUUCAAAGACCCGCGGCCGGGAUUCGAGUCAGGCUCACGACAGGGUGGAUCUCCUGGUGCGUAUGACCGCAGCUUCAGAUGGAAAUAUCACCAGUUCCGCUUCCUGUGCCAUUCCAACGCUCUGCCCAGUCAUGUGAAGAUUUCAGUUUCGAGGCAGACUCUGUUCGAGGACUCGUUCCAGCAGAUUAUGAACAUGAAGCCGUAUGACCUGCGCAGGAGGCUCUACAUCAUAAUGAGAGGAGAGGAGGGGCUCGACUACGGCGGCAUCGCCAGGGAGUGGUUCUUCCUGCUGUCCCAUGAGGUGUUGAACCCGAUGUACUGUCUGUUUGAAUACGCCGGUAAAAAUAACUACUGUCUGCAGAUAAACCCCGCCUCCUCCAUAAACCCUGACCACCUCACCUACUUCCGCUUCAUUGGACGAUUUAUCGCCAUGGCACUGUAUCAUGGGAAGUUUAUCGAUACAGGCUUCACUCUGCCCUUCUACAAGCGCAUGCUGAAUAAAAAACCCACGCUGAAGGAUCUGGAGUCUAUCGACCCUGAGUUCUACAACUCCAUCCUCUGGGUCAAGGAAAACGAUGUGGAGGAGUGUGGAGUUGAGCUGUAUUUUGCACAGGACAUGGAGAUUUUGGGGAAGGUGUCCACACACUCGCUGAAGGACGACGGUGAGAACCUGCUCGUCACCCAGGACAACAAGGAGGAGUACAUCAGUUUGCUCACAGACUGGCGGUUCUCACGGGGAGUGGAAGAACAGACCAAAGCGUUUCUAGACGGCUUUAACGAAGUUGUCCCACUCGAAUGGCUUCGUUACUUUGAUGAGAAAGAGCUGGAGCUGAUGCUGUGUGGGAUGCAGGAGAUCGAUCUGAGCGACUGGCAGAAAAACACCAUCUAUCGCCAUUACACCAAGAACAGCAAACAGAUCCACUGGUUCUGGCAGGUGGUGAAGGAGAUGGACAAUGAGAAAAGGAUUCGAUUGCUGCAGUUUGUCACAGGAACCUGCCGGCUGCCUGUGGGAGGAUUCUCCGAGCUGAUAGGGAGUAACGGACCACAGAAGUUCUGCAUUGACAAAGUGGGCAAGGAAACAUGGCUGCCGAGAAGCCACACCUGCUUCAACCGUCUGGACCUGCCGCCGUACAGGAACCUGGAACAGCUGCGUGAGAAACUUCUGUUCGCCAUCGAGGAGACCGAGGGCUUCGGUCAGGAGUGAGCUAGUGGACGGAGGACGAAGGAACACCAGCUACACUCCUCUCGUCCGCCGGCUGAGGACGAGGACAACGCAAAAGACAGAUUCACCGAUUUCCCCCACGAACACAGGAUAUUAGCACUCUGACAUUAAUUUACGCUGAUUAUAACAUAACGAUAAUAAUAAAAUUCUAUUUAUGUAGCACUUUUUAAAAAGACCAAACUUUACAGGACGAUUAAAACGUCUUAAAGUGUGCAGAUCUAUCGCUUAUAAAAAAAAAAACAGUAAAGCCUAAUUACAUGCAAGUGGUAGAUGCUGAAGAGAAACCGUCGCCACGGCAACACUUCCUGGACCAAAAUACAUGUGAAAAUAUUAGGCUUUGUCCCUUUAAGCCUCCUGUAGGUGGCGCCACAGCUCCUCCAUCGCAUUCUGGAUUCUGGAUCAGCAUCACAACCUGUUAAAUAAAAUUAUUAUAGAGAUAACUCUCAAAAAAAUGAUCAACCAAUAGCAGCACAGCUGGAGCGAACGCAUCACAUCUGCAGCACGGGAGAGAAACCGAGGAACGUGGAUAGAGGACCGAGCGGGGGGAAAGCUAGUCUGUACAUAAGUGUAAUCUCACACACACACACACACACACACACACACACAGAUCAGGAGUGUGUGAUAACCUGGUGUAACCAUGGCAACCAGCAGUGAACUCCAGUUAGGACGGUGUGAACGCAGGUGGAAUGGGUUAAAUGUGUUUGAGUGACAGUGAGAGAGUGUGUGUGUGUGUGUGUGUGUGUGUGUGUGUGUGUGUGUGUGUGUGUGUGCAUGUGCUGUAAAAAAAGGAAAUGGCUCAAACUGAUUUUAUUCCUCAGUUUUGUAUUUGAUUUGUGUUAAUUGUGAGACGGUGUGUGUUACUGUACAGAGUGUGUGUAAGUGAACACGAGGAGAGGAGGGGCAGAGUGUGUGAGUGAAAGCGACUGGUGUACAAACGUCCAUAAUUAAACACAAUAUGUACAGAACA